AAGACAUGACGCCUACCAUUACAGAAAGUUAGCUUGACCCACGUGACGAAAUUUGUAGGUGGUCAGCGACUCUGGGUGCAGAAAACGUAUAUAUAAGACGAGUUCCAUCCGUCAGUCCUCCAAGAGCUGUGAGCUUGUAGAAUUCCGACAUUCCAGCAUCCGUACCAUUCCGUCAAGAUGACAAGCUUCACCAAAGUGCUCGGAAGUCUGAUAGUCGUCCUUACCAUCGUUGGAGCAACCACCUUUAACUCGCUAUCGGUUCUCUCCCAGCCUGACCAGUGUGACAUGAACAGCCCGUGCAGGUGGGCCGUGUGCGGCUGGAGGCCGAGUUUGACGCCCAACAGGGAACUCUGUCGGUUUGUAGAUAACUGCCAAUGUCCAGAAGGCACCACCUGCGAACUGACCAGCAACAUUAAGCCUGGUCCAAGCAACGUCGUCACCUUUGACUACCAGUGCGCUGUAACCAGAACCGGACGUUAGACCACAGCGCCACCUACCAAAGGGGAGUAAUCACCACAGCUCGAAAGCCGAAUUACAUGCAAGGCAUUAUGGACUAACUGCUCCCGUACACUUCAAAGAAUGAAUACAAAAAUAUAUACGUUUGCCGUCAGCUGAGCUGUCUAACGAGUCCAUACGCUCUCGAUUAGGGUAAUUUGUUUGUACAUUACAAAGUUGUUUUUUAAGUGGGGUCAGUAAAUAUAUGUCAACGAUGUUUUACAGGAAACCCCGGUAUCAGGAAGCACGUGUGGUUACUAUUGGGAAAGUCAACUUAUAUAGAAAGUGACACACAGCGAGCAAGGAUUCGUGUAUCCGGACACUUGAUAAUCCAGACGAUCCUGGUAGUGGGGUUUCACCGAUCAUUAGCAUUGUCAUUAGCAGUCCCGGUGAUGAAGUGUGAUGAAGUAACAGAUGAAGUCGAGUGCGGAACUUACAGGACUGGUAUUGGAGUGUUCUCUGACGUCAGAGCUUCCUCUCGAAGUGGAACUGAAUACCUGAAUAUCGUAGAGCAACACAAAGGGUUAUGUUAAACACCGUCAUGAAGUUUCACGGGUCUUAUUUCAGUAGAUUGCUAAAAUAUUUCAAUUGUAUAAAUAUACCUAAGAUGAACUAACCGUCUUCCUGAUCGUAUGUAUAAGUGAAUAUGAUAUUCAAUAUAUUGAUGUAAAACAGUUCAAAAGUUCAAUUAUUGUAAAUCACGAUAUUAACGCACACUGAACUCCCGUCUGUUUGUGUCUCACUGAAUGAAUGCUUGGAAUAAAUACUUAUAUUCACA